AUGGGAUCGCUGCUUGGGUUCCUGGCCCUGUUGCUGCUCUGGGGUGCUAUGGCUGAAGGCCCAAGCAAGAAAGUGCUGACCCUGGAAGGGGACCUGGUGCUGGGUGGGCUGUUUCCAGUGCACCAGAAAGGUGGACCGGCUGAGGAAUGCGGUCCGGUCAAUGAGCAUCGGGGCAUCCAGCGUCUGGAAGCCAUGCUUUUCGCCCUGGAUCGCAUCAACCGUGACCCCCACCUGCUACCUGGGGUGCGCCUGGGCGCCCACAUCCUGGACAGCUGCUCCAAGGACACGCACGCCCUGGAGCAGGCACUGGACUUCGUGCGUGCCUCCCUCAGCCGUGGGGCAGAUGGCUCCCGCCACAUCUGCCCCGACGGCUCCUACGCCACCCACGGGGACGCCCCCACCGCCAUCACCGGGGUCAUCGGUGGCUCCUACAGUGACGUCUCCAUCCAGGUGGCCAACCUCCUUCGGCUGUUUCAGAUCCCACAGAUCAGCUACGCCUCCACCAGCGCCAAGCUGAGCGACAAGUCCCGCUAUGACUACUUCGCCCGCACGGUGCCCCCAGACUUCUUCCAAGCCAAGGCCAUGGCUGAGAUUCUCCGCUUCUUCAACUGGACUUACGUAUCCACGGUGGCAUCCGAGGGAGACUACGGGGAGACGGGCAUCGAGGCCUUCGAAUUGGAGGCCCGGGCCCGGAACAUCUGCGUGGCCACGUCGGAGAAAGUCGGCCGGGCCAUGAACAGAGCCGCCUUUGAGGGUGUCGUCCGGGCUCUGUUGCACAAACCCAGCGCCCGGGUGGCCGUCCUGUUCACCCGAUCGGAGGAUGCCCGUGAACUCCUGGCUGCCACCCAGCGUCUCAACGCCAGCUUCAUCUGGGUGGCCAGCGAUGGCUGGGGGGCCCUGGAAAGUGUGGUGGCCGGCAGUGAGAAGGCCGCUGAAGGAGCGAUCACCAUAGAGCUGGCCUCCUACCCCAUCGAUGACUUUGCCUCCUAUUUCCAGAGCCUAGAUCCCUGGAACAACACUCGGAACCCCUGGUUCCGGGAAUUCUGGGAACAGAGAUUCCACUGUAGUUUCCGCCAGCGAGAUUGUGCCACCCACUCGCUGAGGGCCGUGCCCUUCGAACAAGAGUCCAAGAUCAUGUUCGUGGUCAACGCCGUGUACGCCAUGGCGCAUGCAUUACACAACAUGCACCGGGCUCUGUGUCCCAACACCACCGGCCUCUGCCAGGCCAUGAGGCCCGUCAACGGGCGUCGACUCUAUAAGGACUUCGUGCUCAAUGUCAAGUUUGACGCCCCCUUCCGCCCGGCUGACACGCACAGCGAAGUCCGCUUUGACCGCUUUGGGGACGGCAUUGGCCGCUAUAACAUCUUCACCUAUCUGCGGGCCGGCAGCGGGCGCUACCGUUACCAAAAGGUGGGCUAUUGGGCGGAAGGCCUGACUCUGGACACCAGCCUCAUCCCGUGGGCCUCCGCUUCAUCCGGGCCUCUGCCUGCCUCUCGCUGCAGUGAGCCCUGUCUCCCCAAUGAGGUGAAGAGCGUGCAGCCGGGUGAGGUGUGCUGCUGGCUUUGCAUCCCUUGCCAACCCUAUGAAUACCGCGUGGACGAGUUCACCUGUGCCGACUGCGGACUGGGCUAUUGGCCCAAUGCCACCCUGACUGGCUGUUUUGAGCUGCCCCAGGAAUAUAUCCGCUGGGGGGAUGCCUGGGCCGUGGGACCUGUCACCAUUGCCUGUCUGGGUGCCCUGGCCACCCUGUUCGUGUUGGGUGUCUUCGUAAGACACAAUGCCACCCCUGUGGUAAAAGCAUCUGGCCGGGAGCUGUGUUACAUCCUGUUAGGAGGCGUCUUCCUGUGCUAUUGUAUGACCUUCAUCUUCAUUGCCAAACCGUCUACCGCAGUGUGCACCUUACGCCGCCUUGGUUUAGGCACGGCCUUCUCCGUCUGCUACUCAGCCCUGCUCACGAAGACCAAUCGGAUUGCUCGUAUUUUCGGGGGGGCCCGGGAGGGGACCCAGAGACCCAGGUUCAUCAGCCCAGCGUCUCAGGUAGCCAUCUGCCUUGGCUUGAUCUCGGGCCAGCUGCUCAUCGUGACCGCCUGGCUGGUGGUGGAGGCUCCAGGUACGGGGAAGGAGACGGCGCCCGAACGGAGAGAGGUGGUCACGCUGCGGUGUAACCACCGUGAUGCCAGCAUGCUGGGCUCCCUGGCCUACAACGUGCUGCUCAUUGCCCUCUGCACGCUCUACGCCUUCAAGACGCGCAAGUGUCCCGAGAACUUCAACGAGGCCAAAUUCAUCGGCUUUACCAUGUACACCACCUGCAUCAUCUGGCUGGCGUUCCUGCCCAUCUUCUACGUCACCUCCAGUGACUAUCGGGUGCAGACCACAACCAUGUGCGUGUCGGUCAGCCUCAGUGGCUCCGUCGUGCUCGGCUGCCUCUUUGCUCCCAAACUCCACAUCAUCCUCUUCCAGCCACAGAAGAACGUGGUGAGCCACCGGACCCCCACCAGCCGCUUCAGCAGCGCUGCCCCCCGGGGCAGCUCCAGCCACGGCCAAGGCUCUGGCUCCCAGUUUGUCCCGACGGUGUGCAACGGCCGAGAGGUAGUGGAUUCCACCACGUCAUCACUUUGA